AUGACUGUGGUGAAAUCUGAUAUUGGUGGUAAUAUAUCGAGGCUGGAAUCUAAGUACUCUUCCAAUCCAUCCAGAUUCAAUUACUUGUACAGCUUGGUACAAGCUGAAGUCGAAACAAAAACUUCCAAAUCAUCAUCAAGCUGUACCAAUGGACUUCUUUGGCUGACAAGAGCAAUGGAUUUCUUAGUUGAGCUGUUCCGUAAUCUAUCCCAAUAUCAAGAUCAGUCAAUGUCACAUGCUUGUAAUGAUGCAUACAGCAAGACCUUGAAAAAAUGGCACGGCUGGCUUGCAAGUUCCAGUUUCUCGGUCGCCAUAAAGCUUGCACCCGAUAGAAAGAAGUUCAUGGAGGUGAUCGGGGCUGAAGGUGACUCCUAUGGCGAUAUGGAAAAAUUUUGCACAAAUUUCUCACCAAUCCUUGAGCAAAUUCACAAGUUCCUGGCCAGUGUUGGAUUGGACAACAUGAAAGCUUCAUGA